GUUGCAUACAUUCGGGCGCAUUUUGAUGAUUCUGACCUAAUCACUAAUGUAGUACCUAUAUUAAAUAUAAUACAUGAACAUUAAUGAAUAGUUAUUUAAAUUGAAUUAUUAAAGGGUUACGAAGGAAUUAUAUAGGGACAACCCGAUAAUUUUUAAAUAUACUAUGAAUACUCUCUAGUUGGAGGCCACAAAUUAAAAAGAAGAUCAUGACAUUGUUAUCAUCAGUGACAUCCAAAAAACAAAACAUGGUUAUGGCGGUAAAUCAAAGAAUAUCAACAGAAAAAUAGUUUUAGAAAUAGUACGAUAAUUACCAUGGCCCCAAUAAAAAUAGACCAUAUAGUAAGCUUUAGCUCAGAGGAUCCAGUCCACCCAGCAAACAAUUUAUUAUCAUCAGAUACAAGUAAAAUAUGGAAAUGCCAAGCAGUCGGAGAGAAACAAGCAAUUGUUGUUUUACAGCUCGAAAAAGCUAGUCAAAUUACAGCUAUCGAUAUAGGCAAUGAGCAUUCUGCUUAUAUUGAAGUGCUCGUCUCUCGUUCCAGUAACAGUGAUGAUUACAAGGUUCUACUGGUGACUUCGUCGUUUAUGACCCCUUUAGAAGCAAGACAAAGUCAAAAUGUUAAUAAAGUUCGUAUGUUUACUCAAGAUCAAUUAUCUAAACCGGAAUGUGACGAAAAAUGGGAUAGAAUAAAAAUAGUUUGUACUCAACCUUUCAACAAACACGUCCAAUUCGGUAUCUCGUUUGUUAUUUUACAUUCAAACGAAUCUAAAUUAGCUGCACCUCCUAAUCCAACAAAAAUUGGAAAUUUUUCAAUUAGACCGAAAUCACCGGAUAUGCUAUCUGCUGGUAAUCUGUUUGCCAAGAGGAAAGAUUACAAACAAAAUGACAAAACCACUACAGCCGCUGCAGCCAUUAGAGAUGCCUCGUCUUCUUCCUCUUUACUGUACGAAUCGCCGUCUUGCAAACCAAAAUUAUCAAACAAAAACCUCAAUUCAACACCAAAAGCAGCAUCUAAUAACGAAGAACCAAGCAGAAAAGAUAGAAAUCGGAAUGAACUGUACUAUGAUGAAGAUGACUUGAAGGGCAAUGAAAAAAUUAAUAACAUUAUGAAUAAAAAGGAGAAAGACGUAGAAUCAAAAACGAAAGAUGACGAGAAAGUUAGUCAAAAAGCAAAAAGAUUGUUUGGUGAUGAUGAUGAUGAAGAUGCAAUUAAAAAGAAACAAGCUAAACGAUCUAACUUGUUUGACUUACAAGACUCGGAUAAGAAAACAAAGAGUCCUCGCAAGGGAAGUAAUAGUCCCAAUACAAGUAAUAGAAAAAAGGAAGAAUCUAAAGAAACUAAAAGAAAAAAGAUCAGAUUAUCUGACAAUAAGAAACCUAAAAAAGCAAAAGUUGCAAAACCAUUUAAUAAAUUACUAGAAAACGUUGUUCUAGUGAUUAGCGGAAUUCAAAAUCCUGACAGAGCAAAUAUAAGAACAAUGGCUUUGUCCAUGGGAGCCAAAUAUAAAACUGAUUGGGAUCCAACCUGUACACAUUUGAUCUGUGCUUUCCCUAAUACGCCGAAGUUCAAUCAAGUGAAGGGAAAAGGAAAAAUUGUUAAUAAACAUUGGGUGGAAAACUGCCACAGUGAGAGAAAGAGAUUGCCAUGGAGACGAUUUGCAUUAGAUAAAAACGAUAAUAAUCAAUCUGAAAGUGAAGAUGAAAUUGAGGAACUGGUUAAACCUGCUACAAUUAUUACACCUGUGACUUAUCAACCAAUGAAUGACAGUGAUGAUGACGAUCAUAAAGCGGCAGGUUCAGAUACAGAAGAAAAAGUGGCGAGAAUUCUAGAAAAGAAAAAAAGAGAAAACACCAAAAAAGAUAGUCCCAAAAAUGCUAUGUAUAAUAUACAAGAAGCAAGUACGGAUGAAGAAACGGAAAAUAAUUUAUCGGUUUUUAAAAAUAAGAGAAACUGUGAUACACCACAAAGUAGCUCUGAUGAUUCAAAAAUAACAAACAUUUUUGAUGAAGACACAGAUGACGAAGCUUAUUCAGCAACCAAUCGAAAUAACCCUCCUCCGGAUAUUUUUCAGAAAGAAAAAUUUUAUGUUGAUCAGACGUUUGAUGAUGAAACCUACAACACAUUGUGUAAAUAUAUUAAAGCUUAUAACGGUAAAUGUAUUGAUGAUGUUACAGCCAAUGUUGAUGUCAUAGUUACAACGAAGGAAAAUAGUUCAUCAAUGAAAGAAAUUAAUGAGAAAGCAAAAUGUGUUGAACACAAAUGGAUAAUAAAUAUUCACCAUAAACAAAAAAUGUUACCCUUGAAUGAUUACAUUCUUUAAAAACUAUCGAUAUUUAAUUUUGAACUUCUAUAUUUAUGAAUUGUG